GCUAACAUGGCAAUAGACAGUGUAGAACUCUGUAAUAGAUACACAUAUAUAUCAGGCUGAUAAGCUGUUGGUCAACGCACAACAGACUACUACACAGUCACCGAUACCAGCAUACACACAGCAUUGGUCAUGGAGGUUUCAUUGGGAGCCCAAGACGAGUUUCCGGACACGGCUAAACAGAGAUGCUUGGAUUUCAAAUGGAACAACCGUUACCCUCGACCUGAACUGCCAAGGCAGAAGAAAGAUGAAAUAUUCAUAAUCGAUCAGUACAGGGGGCAGGAUAACAAGACAAAGCAGGUGUCAAUAGAUAAUGUCUACAGUAUUCGUGAUUUGGUUGCCAAACUAACUGUUGGCUUGGUGACUGAUCUGGACAAAGUAAGAGCAAUUUUCACAUGGCUGGGAGCACAGAAAGUCCUUACCAUGGAUUUCAGCAAGUCGAAAAUUCAUGAUACAGUCAAGGGCUAUUUGAAAAUAGUCCAGCAAGACAGGAGCACCUACACAGAGAUCAUGGCCAUGUUAUGUCGAGAAGCUCGUGUUCCGUGCGUUGUCCUCUCUGGUCCAGCUAAGGGGGCAGACUACAUAGUUGGUGAGGCAGUCAGUGGGCGGAGCUCGUGGAACGCAGUCUAUGUGGCAGAAGGUUGGAGGUUCAUACAUGCCCAGUGGGCUUUCUCCAGAAUCUCUGGACAGGAGAACUGUGACUGGGUGAUGCUUGAGUCAGAGAACGGGAGGGUGUGUCAAGAUGUACCGAGAAAAGGAGGCAAAGAAGAAUCAGUCAUAAACGAAUUCUUCUUCCUCACAGAUCCUGAAAUAUUCAUCCACUUUUGUUGUCCUGAUGAACCCCACUGGCAGCUGCUCAAACUGAAGGUAUCUGUGGAAAAGUUCACGUUGAUGCCCUAUGCUCAGCCUCAUGCUUUCAAGUCAGGAAUAACUUUUAAGCGAUCCCAAAGUUGCAGUGAAAAGGCCGAACAUGGCGAAAGUCGAAUUAGCUUGUCGGCUCCGACAGAUUCCAAACCAAAGCUGUGCUAUGACCUGUUCCUAAAAAGAAACGAGUUCACAGACACGUCUCUACUGAACGGGAAGGAGGGUUUGGUGAUCCAAAGCAACAUACAAACAAAUGGCAUUAUACCAUUCUUCGUAAGAUUUCUGGUAAAAGGAAUAUACAGGUUGAGAAUCUACAAAGAAUUCAAGGAAAGGAAGUACUGGCUAUGUGACUUUAAGAUAGACUCCGAGGAAGCAAAGCCAUUCUGCUCAUCGUUUCCUUUCAUCCCGGAAAUAGGAUGGGGUCCAGGACCACUAGCUAAACACUAUGGACUGUAUGGAUUCUCCCACGAGGAUGGUUUGGUCCUAACACAUGAUGCCACGAUGGUCGAGCUGUCUUUUAAAAUGACUCGGACACUGAUCUUUCAAAUUCUACUGAAAUCUGACAGUAAACCAGACAAUGAACUGAUGCAUUCUGCAAAACUAGCCAUCAGAUAUGAUCAGGUUAGAGUUAACGUGGUAGUGCCAGAUGAUGGAGAAUAUGUCAUCAAGAUCGACGCUAGGAAAGAGAGUGAGAAGGAGACUGAUACAAGAAAUAUCCUUAACUACGUCAUCGAGGCGGAUCCUAAACAGAGGAAAUACAAAGGCAGAGAUAAUGCAGCCCAGAAGAAGGCGAGACAGAACAUUAGGGAGGCCACCCGUGCUGGUAACAGGACUGUCCUCUCCAUAGCAAUAGACAGAUUCCGGAAGCAGGAUUGUGAGGACAAGGGGGACCUGACCAAGGCCACUGAGGUUCUGGACGAGUUAGACACGAAAGAAGAUUUGAGGUUUGCAAUGUUAAAAAACCGAUUCGACAAGCUGGAAGAUGCAAUCGGAAAAGCCAAGAACUCACCAAGAAGUGAACGGUUCCAGACGCUCGUGAUGGCAGCUAUUGAACAGAAGGAGAAGCUUCAGAUCCCAAUUCCCGCAGACAAAGGACGACCUGAAGUUACGAAAAGAACUGUAGCUGACCUCAAGUCCUACAAGACACCACCAGCUAUUGUCCAUCAGAUUGUAAAAGCUGCAUACCUGGUCUUAGGAGAGAAGAUGGACAUGCUGGAUACCUGGUCCAACAUCCGAACCAUGCUGCACAAGGUGGGCCGCAACUCCCUGGACUUUAGACUACAGAAUGAUCCUGGUUUCGACGAGAAUAACGAUGAUAUUCUUAUUGCUGAAGCCAAGGCUAUGGAUAUUUUGAACCAAUAUAAUGCCCAGACUGUCGGCAAGAUGUCGCCAGCCGGUGAAGCCGUAUUUAUACAGACCCAGCUGCUGUUGGAGAGGCGACAACAGGCUCGGAUGAAGGAUGCGGAGGACAAUGAGGACACUGAAAAGGAUAAGCCGCAGCUUUAGUGGAAAUGUAGAUAUAGUCCAACACGGUUCAAAUGUGCUCAAGAAGCAUUUAAACUAUCAUGCAUUCGCAUAUCGAAAGAAAGUUUUGAUUACUGAAAAUUGGAUUGAUUUCUGACAUCAGAGUCGCCCGAUCACUCUUUCGAUAUGAUAUACUGCUCCAAAGCAACAUUACCCCUUUGUGAUAAUGAAAUAUCAAGAAGAAUUAUGAAAUACAUAACAACAGAAUCGUAGAUCUGUAUAUGAAGCAGUUUCAGUUUGUACAAAUAUAUGCACCAAUCGUUCCAAUACUGCAUGUUCCAGAAAUGAUGUGUAAUGUAUAUGCAUGAAUGGAUACUGCAACUGGUCAUGUUGCAAAUUGAUCAAUGACGACGGAUGUCCUCAUCCCAUUAAUCACGUGUGCAAAAUCUAAUACUUGAACGACUUCAAUUUGGUUUGAAUAUGUGAAAGAAUAAAUUUACACAGACAGGGAUAAAUGUCUGCGUUUGCUAUUAUCUCUAAUGCUAUCUGGUUUAUUUCCUUUGAUGAAAAUACAAAUAUAUGUCAUAACAAAUUCAUGUACAAUCCUUGGAGACAUGAAAUAUAACAUAUGAUUUUAACGCAUGAGUAAAUUCAAAUGACAACCCCAGUUACAUAUGCUCAAUUAAAUCGACACAGAGUUACAAAUUCAAUUACCUCUUCUUGGAUUAAGGAAUUUCAUGAACCGUAGAUGGCGUCAUAGGCUUCCAUAUCUGGAGUAAAACUAACAUAAUUGAAUGUUUAGAUGGACUAAAUAUUUACAAGUAACAGUUUCGUGUCAACAAAGUAUGAUGUUUCUGUGUACAAUGGAACGUUCAGAUGAGAAUAAAAAC